AUCCACCAAACCUCCGCGAAAGGGUGUGCGUUUUGAAGGUUGUAUGAAGCUAAACGCAGAUGCAGACAGAGCAGUCGCUUCUUGGCUUGACAACCUGGGACAAGCCUCUGAAGCCGGGGACCAUCACACCCCGAGUCUUCCUCUACCCCCCCCACUGAGCUGCGCCCCCGACCAAGGUCCUGUCCUCACGGGGAGGAAAAUGCCGCAUACACGGACACUGAUGUCAAAAAGUUGAAAUACAUAGGUGUACACGGCAAAAUGCAAUGUGGCAGCUGUGUGGCUUCUCUUCAAGGUCAGUAUCACAGCAACGCCGUCUCACGGACGAGUUUAUCGGGUUGUCGGAGGGGAAGAAGAGGCGUAGAGGGGAUGCCGCUGUGUCUUGCUUGCUUCCAGCAUCAACAAUGACAUCUUUCACCGACGACGACAUUGAUCGUCACUGACACAGAAACUCGUGAAACACGGCUGUAAUAAAACGACCAAGAUAGGUUCGACUUUUACAGCAUUAUUAUCUGUGCUGUUGUAAAAAAAAGAAACUCUUUACAUCAUCUUGGCAUUUCCUGCACUCUUACUACGGCCUGUGUCAGUACGACUGUUUACCUGGCUACGAGCAACAACGCUGAAGACAAGCUAGCUAACGUUAAUGGGCAGAAUGGGUUAUCGGUUCGGUUUAAGCUAGUCGAACUGACCGUUAAAGUGAGUUAGAAUGUUCGACGGUUGAAGAGUUGGUUAACUAACCUAACGUUACGAAGUUCUGCCUCCGCUGUAUCCAACUUCUUCAACUUCCUUGGUUUUCAAGCGGACUUUUACUGAGUAAUAUUUUUUCGUCGCCUUUAUUUUAUUUUAUUUAUUUUUAACAAAAUGCCUUCGAGGACAGGUUCGCUCAGCCCGGCUGGCUUCGUGAAGAGUGUACCGGAGCGGGGACUGCUCCUACUGAUGGUUUUGGUGCUCCUGGAGGGCACCGUGCUUACUCUCGGAGCUGCCAGCUCUCCGGAUGUCCGGACGCAGGAAAAGCCAGGCAACCACAAAGUGGCGGACGAAGGACAUAACUUCACUAAAAAGGCUUUUCCUGUGCUCAGCCUCGACUACCAUCACAUACAGACGCCCUUCGAAAUCUCAUUAUGGGUGCUCCUUGCUUCUUUAAUGAAAUUAGGGUUCCACCUGAUUCCUCGUCUGUCCGGCAUUGUGCCAGAAAGCUGCCUGCUGAUUGUGGUGGGUCUGCUGGUGGGGGGGCUCAUCAAACUAGCCGGAGAGAAAGUCCCACCAGUGCUGGACUCAAGAUUGUUCUUCCUCUGCCUGCUGCCCCCCAUCAUCCUGGAUGCUGGCUACUUCCUGCCCAUCCGUCCUUUCAUGGAAAACCUGGGUACGAUCCUGAUGUUUGCUGUUGUGGGGACUUUGUGGAAUGCCUUCUUCGUCGGGGGCCUGCUGUAUGCUGUGUGUCAGAUCCAGCCCGACAACCCAUCAAACCUCCACACACUAGAGCUUCUGCCUUGCCUGCUGUUUGGAUCCAUCAUCUCAGCUGUGGAUCCUGUCGCUGUGCUUGCUGUGUUUGAGGAGAUCCACAUCAAUGAACUUUUGCACAUCCUGGUGUUUGGUGAAUCACUGCUCAACGAUGCCGUCACUGUGGUGCUGUACCACCUUUUUGAGGAGUAUUCGGGAGUUGGCACAGUGACAGUGAUGGACGGCUUCCUUGGAGUCAUCUCCUUCCUGGUGGUUGCGUUGGGUGGCGUUCUAGUGGGAGCCAUCUAUGGUAUCCUGUCUGCCUUCACAUCACGCUUCACCUCCCACACGCGUGUCAUCGAGCCACUUUUUGUCUUUGUGUACAGCUACAUGGCCUACCUGUCAGCCGAGAUGUUCCACCUCUCUGGCAUCAUGGCGUUAAUAGCAUGUGGAGCAGUGAUGCGGCCCUAUGUGGAGGCAAAUAUAUCCCACAAGUCCCACACCACCAUCAAGUACUUCCUGAAAAUGUGGAGCAGCGUCAGUGAGACGCUAAUUUUCAUAUUUCUGGGCGUAGCCACGGUGGACGGACCUCACUCUUGGAACUGGACCUUCGUCACUGUCACUGUCAUUCUGUGUCUGGUGGCACGGGUCAUAGGUGUGGUUGGCCUGACUUACGUCAUCAACAAGUUCCGCAUUGUCAAGCUGACCUCCAAGGACCAGUUCAUUGUGGCUUAUGGCGGCCUGCGAGGGGCCAUCGCCUUCUCCCUUGGCUUCCUGCUGGACGAGAAUCACUUUCCCAUGAGAAACAUGUUCCUCACUGCCAUCAUCACUGUUAUCUUCUUCACAGUCUUUGUUCAGGGUAUGACCAUCAAGCCCCUGGUGGAGUUGCUAGCAGUGAAGAAGAAACAGGAAGCCAAGCGCUCCAUUAAUGAGGAAAUCCACACCCAGUUCCUCGACCACCUGUUGACUGGAAUCGAGGACAUCUGUGGACACUAUGGACACCACCACUGGAAGGACAAACUGAACCGCUUCAACAAGAAGUAUGUGAAGAAGUGCCUAAUUGCGGGCGAACGCUCCAAGGAGCCACAGCUCAUCGCCUUCUAUCACAAGAUGGAGAUGAAACAGGCCAUUGAGCUGGUGGAGAGUGGAGGGGGAGUCAAGCUGCCCUCUGCUGUGCCUUCCACCGUUUCCAUGCAGAACAUUCAGCCCAAGAAGAUUCCUCCUGCCAAGUCUGUAGAGAGAGCUCUGCCGCAGCUGCCUAAAGGCAGAGAGGAGGAGAUAAGGAAGAUCCUCAGGAGUAACCUUCAGAAGACACGACAGAGGCUGCGCUCCUACAACAGACACACUCUGGUGGCUGAUCCAUAUGAGGAUGGAUUUAGUGACCUACUUCUUAAGAAGCAAAAGAUGGUUGAGCUGGAGAAGAAGAUAAAAGAGAUGAAUAACUACCUGACCGUGCCUGCUGCACCUCCUGACUCCCCGACCAUGUGUAGAGCCAGACUGGCCUCAGGCAAAGAUACUGAUUUCAAACCUGCUCAGCAGCAGAAAGGGAACAAAAUCUGUCCAGAUCCCCAAGCCUACAGUGUGAAGCAGGUGUCUGACAGCGUGCCGACCAUCCAGGUAGACCUGGCCUCUCCUCAGUCUCCAGACUCCGUCAACGUAAUGGAUGAGUUUAGACGGGCCAACCAAGAUGAGGAGGACCGGGGCCUGAUGAUGAGGCCUCCCCAAGGGCUGAGUGGACCUCACAAGUCAGGUGAUGCUGACGGAAGCAGAGAUCAGCAGAAGCUGAUGAGGUGUCUCAGCGACCCCGGUCCCAGUGCAGACGAGGAAGAGGAUGAACCCUUCCUGCCUUAGUAUGGCAGAUCAGGCUGCUCGCCCACCUUUACUGGUUAGAGGAGAGAGGGCUGCUUCACUUCUCUGUUUUAAAUUAUCUCUUUGGUUCAACCAAACAAGCCAAAACUGUUCAUGCUGUACAAACCAGAAACUAAAAGCAAAAGGAGGUUGCCCGAGAAGAAGAAAAAAAGAGUCAUUCGUUUGUUAUUGUCAUUGCUCUUUAUUUUUUCAGACAGGAUUGGAACAGCAGUCGCUGCUCUCUGAGAGAUGGUGGAGUUUAUGAUCGAUAGUCUGAGACAUUCAGGAAAGAACUAUGCAUUACCAAAGGUCUGGACUGAUGUAGUGUCAGACAAUGUUGUUUUUACUUUAGUGUCAGACUGUUUUUCUCUCUCUAUAGUUAAUAAUUUUAUUUUUGUUUAUGAUUUUAUAACUUUUUUUCUUUCAAGCUACAUUCUCUAAAACAUGCUGGUCUUCUAGUCCUAAAUGUAAUCAACAAAGCAAACUACAUCAGUCCAGUUUUCACUGUCGACAUAGCACUUGAGUUCUUUCAUUCUCUCACUUGAAAUAGCUGGAUAUCAAACAGUUAGUGUAGCUAGUUGAAAAUAUUUUUUGCCUUAUUUCAUGUCAGAUCCUUUUUUUUCUUUUUUUUUUAAAAGCAUUUUAAUUUCAGGGGUACUAACAUCUGUUUGUAAUCAGAGUUUGUUCCAGCAGUCGUGGGAUGUAAGUAAAAGCUGGAUGUAUUUAGUCACUGUGCAAACCACAGCGUAAAAAGAACCACAGUUCUUUAUAGUCCUGCUUACAGACCUGCGGCUUUGUCCUAUGGCCGUGGAGGGAAUUAAUGUGGACUUGAAAAAAUCCUCACUAUUGUAUAAAGUAGUUCUGACUUACAGAUGUGGAGCGAAGCUGAGUGUUUGGGAAGCUUGUGAGACAGGCAGUGAUGCAGCACAGAUGUGUUGAUGUCAGCCUUCAUGCUUGAUUCCCUAUCGAAGUCUGCUGUAGUUAAAUCACACUCAAUGUUGUCAUGUCAUGUUUCUAUGUACAUGUUUUAUAUUUUACCUCAGUUUAGAUCACUCACUCAAUUAGUCGUGGAGUCGUAAGAGUAGAUUUCACUCUUAAUAUUGAUGUAAUGAGCCAUCUAACACUCAUCACCUUCACACUGACUGAAGUAUAUCAGAUCUAAUUGCUCACUCUGUUUUACAUGCCAUUUUACAUUUACAUUUAUUGGCCUUUGCAAGAAGCAUUUGUGUCCUACUUUACUUUUGACCAUCUUAUAGGACAUGAGGAGUGAAGGUUAGUUUGUACAGGAAUCCAUCCACGCAUCCUAACCUUCUUGAAAUCUAAGACUGUAGGCAAAAGAGAAAUGUAAUUCUAUGCAUUAAAGAUGUGUAAAUUAUGUAAAUUAAAUAUAAUAACCUAUAUUUAUGAACACCCUUUAAAACAGAAGUCUUGUAAUCUUAUAAACAUGCAAAACACAGAGAAAAACCAAUGCUAAAGUCAAAGCAAAUCAAAUAUGGGCAUUAAGACAAACGAUCAUAAAAAGAAAAUAUUUCAUGAAAGUUUUUGCACAUCUGAGCAAGACUGAAAAGUUAUCUGCAGGCAUGAAAACGUAGUCUAGUGUUUUGUUGAUACAGUCAGCCCUUCUCUACUGUACUGUACGUAGUUGUACAGUGUGUAUGAUACCCAGUGUAAAAUACAUUGCAUGUCUUUUUUACACAGCUGCUCAGUGAAUUGUAACAUGUCAUAAAUUUACAAUGAUGUUCUUGAUUGUGUAAGAAACAUGCACCAUUUUGUUUCUUCUACAGUCAGAACAGCAAAGUGCCACAGCCAAUAACAAUUAGAUUUUAAACCCACAAGUAUUUCUUUCACCCAGGUCUAUUAUCACUUGAUACUAGAAAAAGAGUUUAGUUUCUCCAUAGAGACCAAGAGCAAACUUUGGCUUUGGAUGAAGCCUGAGUGAGUCACUGUUCUACUUUUCUUGCUGUUUUGUAGGUGUUAGUGACCGUUGAUCCUUCCUGAUCCUCUUAUUUGCAGAAGGUUCAAAUUACAGCAGAGGGGAGAUAGCAGAAGAACCUGACAGGCUUCUUCAUUUUCCCCAACUCUUCUUUUUUUAAGCAUCUUUAAUGUUGAUUACCGUAUCAAGGGUAACAGGAUAUUUUGUCUGUGCACACACGUACUCAUGUAAAUCUAGGUGAAUGUACUAGAAAAUCUGAGCCUACCUGCACCGUAGCCCAGUGUGUUUGGUUCAUUCCUUGCCCCUGACACUUCUCCCGCUUCCCAGUUUCUAAAAGGAUAAUUGCAGCUAAGAGAUGGGAGGGUCAAACCUUAAAGCAUCUGUCUCAUCCAAAUUGAAUUUCCCUUCGGAAAUGUCUGAGUGCGCGACGGAGUGUCGGAGUGGAGUGCUGUGCUGAAAAUGUCAACAAGGACAAGGUCAAAGACACGAGGGUUGUUAAAAACCUGGAAUGACUAGGCAAGUGACAGGUGGUACCUUCUCCCCAUCCUCAGAUCUUCCUUUUAUCGUUGUUUAAAGGAAAGUGACAUUUAUGUGCAGCAUCACAUUUAUGAGGUGUGUAAACUCUAGCUGCAUAAUCCCAGAGAACUGUUUCUCUCCAUCUGUGAAUGGAAGCUUUACACGAUGCUGCUGGGAGAACUUCUAUAUCAUCGUCCCACGUGCUGCAUGAUUUGGCCUCCGCACUUUUAAGUAGGUUUUAGGAAGGUUGCAGUGAGUAAAGCAUUUGUAAACGUAGUCCCACUGGUGAAUAUGUGUAACCGUGUGAAUACAAAACAAGGUAAUUCUCUGAGAGAAUAGGUUUAUUCUACAAGGGCGUUGUAUUUUUCAUAUCGAUGGACACAUGAGUAACAUAACUUGGGGAUGUGAUCAAAUAGAGGGAAACCAAAAACCUCAAACAACCAAUUUAAAUCAAAAUCCUUAAAACAAGACAUCAUAUCCCUGAUUACUUCAUUUUAUUCUAAAGACUUUUAGUUUCUCAAAAAGAAAAAAAAACUAUUUUCAUACUUCUUUUUUUUUUAAUACCAAAUGCAUCUUUUUUGGGCAAACAUUCACACUCCUCGGAGGGAAAUGUUUGGUGCAGAAAACUUUAAUCUAAAGCCAUACAGCCUAUAGAAGAACCUAUUUUAUUCUUUUCAUGUAUUAAAAUUUCAUACACAUCAUUUUGCCUUUGUUUUGCUCAACGCACAGAGCAAACACAAGCCUUUACAUUUAAAUCACUUGUGUCUUCUUUGCUUAUUUAUGUUUAUGUUCUCUGUCUAAACUUUUUCUGCAGCGGUGAAUUGUUUUAAGUCGUGGCAGUUGUUCUCAUUGAAUGUGUUGAACUGAAUUACAAUGUCAACACUGUUGCCUCACCAGCAUUCACUUCAGCUUUGUGAUGCUUUGUUCUUUGCAUCUCUCUGUGCUUUAAAAAUGCUCCAUGUGCUUUACUGUUCAACUGCUUUAUUGUACAAAGACCUUUUUUUUGGCUUUACAGGGAUAUGAGUCCCUUUUUUAUUAUAAGUAUUUUAUCAGGAUUCAUGUGCAUCACAAGGCUUCACUGUUUUUCUUUCCCAUCUCAUGUUUACCUAUAACAGCUCUCCGGGAGCAUUUGUCAUCCAAACUUUAUACUAUUGAGGCUCUGGCUUCACUUAGUAGAAAUAAGCUGAAUUUACAGCUAUAAACUGUAAUCAGUACAGCUUAAAAGCCUUAUGCUCAAAUUCAAUGCUCCUAAAUUUAGAUUGUGGGAAAAGUAAAGUGAAGGCAUCGAUUACAAUCAGCCAUACAAGCGGGUAAAUAACUCUUUAGCUUAAGGACACAUUGGUGUUUUUGCAUGUGUUUGAUUUGUAUUUUAGUUGUGUUUUUCCCUGCAAUCCAGGCAGCCAUUAGUUUCCAUUCAUUCCCUACAAUAUAACACAUCUCUGUAAAGACUUUAAACUUGCUUCAGAUCCAUCAUCGUGAACAUCAGCUAUUAUGUCAGGUACAUUUAUGUUGUGUAAUUACAGUGCAUUUUCAUGUAAUCAACUUAGACCUGCAGUGCCAUGCAACAGUUAAAUAAAUAUAUACUAAUGGCUGUCUCAGAGGUAAAAACUUAAACACUACAGUGUGCUUUGAAAAAGGCAUUUAUUAGCAUUUAUUUAGUGUCAUGAUUUGUAUUAUAUGGGCUAAAAUAUGCAAAAACACUGGUGUGUUCCAUAGUAUUGUAAUAUUGGACCAGCCUGCACGGCUAACACUUACACUGCAGGUCAACAUUAGACAAUUAUAAAAGGCUGUAAUCACAGUGUGACGCACACGCACGUCAUCAACAUAAUGACCCUGUGGUGACAUUAUUCCAUGACCCAAAGACUGUUUUCCUCCCUUGUUUACCUCAUCGUUUUCCAAUUUGCCUGAUCCGGCUUCUGUUGAGUUCCAUCGUUUCACACCACACCGAGCACUUUAAUGAAGCAGUACCUUUAUCUCCAAACACUGAUGUUAGAGAGAGCAAUAAGUGGCUUUAAUGUAGUGUACACAUCGUGCAUAGCUAUCAGGUGACACAUCACAGGGAAAAGGAAUGUACUUUAUGAUGGGCCUUAUAAAGGGAUUGGUUUUGUGUUUUUAGUCCUAAAGCAGACAAACUGGGAUUUUAAAUCCUAGUGAAAGCUGUGCUACGACUCGACAGGGUGGAUUAUAUUUCCCUUUUACACAUAUUUUGUUUUGUUUAUCUUUAUGUGUUUGUUAAAUUUAUGUCAGUCAAUUACUUGCAGUUUGCAAAUUUAAAUUUUGCAAUAAUUAAAGUUAUUUUUUUUAAUUUUAUAUACACAUGACUGGGAACACACACACACACACACCUAUAUAUAUAUAUAUAUAUAUAUAUAUAUAUUUAUAUAUAUAUAAUGAAAACAAAAGAUGUAUUAGAAAUUUAUUAUAAUGAUGUUAGGCUACAAAUCAUCAGAAUCUGAAAGAUAAUAAGUGUGCACUUUCUUGUUGAUUAAUCUUUAGCUUUCAGCAUUCCAUUCCUGUAAUGACCAGUAAAAACUAACAACCAGAGAUGAACCUAUGUCAGAAACUAUAUACCAAAUUAAAGUUUUACUUUAUAGCACUGCUGUGUCCAUGUAUCAUGAUUUCCAAACAAAACAUUGAAGGUCGAUAUCACGGUAAAUAGGAAACUACCACCAGUAGCCAGUUAGUUUAGCUUAGCAUAAAGACUGGCAACAGGGGAAACAGCGCUCACCUGGCAUUUUGAAAAAGAAAAAGAAAAAAGUUUCCCCAAGUAAAAGUGCAGCGGUAAUAUCAGCAAUAUUUAAAGUAUUAGUACUAGUACUCAUGAUGCAGACUUAUUGUUACAUUGGAUUAUAAUCACUGAUGAAAUAAUGUUUGAGCAGGAUUUUAUGGCAGCUGGUUGAGAGCUAAUUCAAUGAUUUUAUCUGCUUAAUAGCUGUAAUGUUGUAGUUGGCCAUGGCUGAGCUAAAUAUAUCACAACUGUUUUAUAUGCUGCCAAUUUACAGUAUAACAAUCCAUCCUAUUUUAUACACCCAUCCCAUUUUAAACUCUGAAUCUGCAAUUAGUAACUGUAGUUGUCAUAUAACUGAGUGGAAGUGGAGUGGAAAUAUGAAUUCACAUGUCCUUGAGCACCUGUGUGAGGAAGGGGUCACACCAAUAUCAAUGCAGUUGCUUCAACCUGUUGUAACCUUUUCUGUCCAGAAGGGGGGGGUGCUGCACAGUGUAAUUAAAAUAAAAAUCAGCCAAACAUUCAGCAUUCUGAAAACAGACACCACAUAAUGAGUGCCAAAAUUUAAAUGUAGAAGGGAUGAUUUGAAUUUGAAUAUCUGGAUGACAUUUUAUAGCUUAAUUCUUUGUUGAGCACAAUAAACUCAGGGUGAACUGUCUGCCUUGUUAUCGUGUAAUGCCAUUACUCAGCUUGGCAGCGGUGCAGUUUGCAUGGAGGAUGUGAGAUAUCCGGAGAGAAAGCUGUGGCCGCUCUGGCUGGCAUAGUUUAUUUAUUUUGCCUCUAUUUCUGUUAAAUGGGAAAUCACAGUGGCUCGUGUGUUCCUUAACCAACUUGGCCUGACAACCGCAUUCAGUGAGUAAUAUUUUUGGAACAGAUAUGCUCUAUUUAUAACAUUCAAUGAUUUUAAUUGUUGGCAGUUGUUGCAUUCUAUCAUUUUCUAGCAGAGGCUCUGGGUGGCCAAGUUCAUUUUACAUUUGAAGAGUCUAAUUUGAGACUCCAAUUACUAGAAUUGUUGUUGGCUGGAAUAUCCUCUUUAUAUUUGUAUUUGUAGACAUUUAGCUGAUACUCAUCCAGAGGAAUUAACAGUAAGUAAACAGUUAAACAAGCUUAAAUCCCAAGAUCACCAACAUUACAAGCAACCAAUAUCUAGUUGUGCUUGUUAGAAAAGUUCCUCCCAUCCAUCAUUUUUUUUUCCCAUCACUGAUGUGAAACAAUCUGCCUGUUGGUGUGUGUUUGACGGACAGUAUUCAGUGUAUUAACUGGCGGGGUGCAGUGCAGCAAUAAUAUUAUAGGGCUCAACUGAAUGUAACAUCACUAUGUAUAAGUUCUCACACACUAUCGGUUUAACUUAAGCUUCAAGCUGCAGAUUGAAUGGUAUGACAAACCAAUUUCUUCAGUUUCCAGCUUUGAGGUCAAGCUGCAAUAUUUAGAAAGGAUGAAAAGAAAAGUGUUUGCUUUCUUGCCAAGAGUUAGAUGAGAAGAUCAGUCACACUCUCUUUUCUGUAUAGUAAAUAUCAAGUUGCCCCCCACACCAUACGACCACACGACCACAAGUUGACGUUUUUACACCACAAGAUAUAACGUGCUAGUUAGUGAGCUUUAGCGGUGCUUUGUACAGCGUUAAGAUAUCUGUUUCCAGUCUUUAUGCUAAGCUAAACUAACUAGCUAAUGGUUGUUGGUAUGAGAGUGGUAACAAGCUUCUCUCUCAAACUCUCAGCAAGAAGGAAAACCAUGUUAACCAAGGACCAUUUUUCUGUUUCAGUUUCUCAAAAUUGCAUGAGAGCGGUAUGGAGACUCAUCUAACUCUUAGUGAGAUAGCAACAAAAAAAUCCUGAACUAUUCCUUUAAGCUGGCUGUGGCUUUAAUGUAAGUCUAACGGUUGUUAGGAGACCAACCAAAUUUUUUUAUUUUAAAGUUAUCCAAUAAUUCUAAAGGGGAAAAAAGCAAAGAUCAGAGAUAAUUCUGCAAAAAGUAACAUCAUUUUGUGUCAUGUUUUUUCCACUUUCAUUUUGUUGUGACCCGGCCCUCGGGUUGGGACUCACUGCUUUAAGGAAUACUAUAUAUUGAAAUGCAAUCCAAUACAACAGCCCUGCAAUAAACAGUCUGUUAAUGAAUCUUCUAAGUCAGUUUUCUGAAGCAUCAGAAAAGAUUUGAAUAAUCUGUAUAGUUUUUUAUUGAGGCUGUAACUUGUGGUUAUUGUAUUGUAUUCCAUAAUGCACUAUAGGUGUUGGUUUCAUUUUACUAUGUAUACUCAGCACAAAACUGUACUUUGGGAUGAAUUAUCUAUCUUAUCUUAUCCUAUCUUAUCUUAUCUUAUAUGACUAACCUAUUUCCGCAGUAAGAAAUACUGCAAUGUAUCUGCUACUCUUGUGAAAUGAAUGUGAAGCUGCUGCUAACAGAAUUUAGUAUGACAAAUACAUACUGUAAGUGACUCUGACUUUCCAGGUCCUUUUUCUUUUUCUCAAUAGUGGAAUAAACACAAAGUAAACUCA